AUGGCCACCCUUCCCCCCGAUAACCGCCCCAUUGUCGUCUCAGGCCCCUCGGGCGUCGGCAAGGGAACCCUCUACAACCUGCUCUUCCAGCGCCACCCCGAGACCUUCACCCUGUCCGUCUCGCACACCACGCGCUCCCCCCGCGACGGCGAGCAGGAUGGCGUCCACUAUCACUUCGUCCCCAUGGACCACUUCGAGGACCUCAUCGGCCGCGACGGCUUCGUCGAGCACGCAAAGUUUGGCGGCAACCGCUACGGCACCAGCAAGAUGACCAUUGAGGAGCAGACCAAGAAGGGCAAGGUCGUCUUGCUCGACAUUGAGAUGGAGGGCGUGAAACAAAUCAAGCAGUCCGACUUCCCGGCCCGCUACGUCUUCAUCUCGCCGCCGUCUUUCGAGACCCUCGAGUCGCGCCUCCGCGGCCGCGGAACCGAAAAGGAGGAGAGCAUCCAGAAGCGCCUGGCCCAGGCCAAGAACGAGCUCGAGUACUCCAAGACGCCCGGCGUCCACGACCUCAUCAUCGUCAACGACGAUCUCGAGAAGGCUUACAAGGAGUUUGAGGACUUUGUCUACAAGCCCCUCGACGCAUGA